AUGACAGAUUACGACAACGUGCAGUAUAGACCGGGGAGAAUUCAGACCAUUAAUGCUGAACAAGAACUUGUUUUGAAGCAAGUUUGGGCGCACUAUUUGAAAUAUUGGGGAUAUGAAGUGAAUAUUUCGAGUGAAGAUAUUAAGUACAAGGAAAGCUUUGUUCCUUCGACGACCACCGUUGAAUACGGGGAGAGAACGGGAGAAUUGGGGGUUUCGAAUGGAUUAGUGAAAACGAAUACGAGAGGGUCAAUUAAUUCCAAUGCGUCUCUCAAGAGUAAUACAAAGAAGAAGGGCUUUUUUCAUAAAGGAAGCGCUGAAAUUCCUAAGGCGCCAGCAGAUUCCAGGAGAAAGCGUGAUAUAGAUGCAAAUUGUGCUACAGAGAGAUAUUCUCCAGUGGUAGAUGCUUCGGAGCAAUUCAAGUAUAUUUACUACGACUAUUACAAGCAGGGUUACGAAUCGGAGGAGGAAUCGGAAGAUGACGUAUCGGAUAUGAAUUCGAUGGACACAUUCAUUACUGCUUCCACAUCGAUUACUGAUCCGGGUUCGUAUGAAUUGGUACAAGGCAUUGAAAAACAAGACAACAAUGUUCAACCAGUGGGUCAACCUUCAAGAUCGUUCAAGGUUAAGCCAAAUGCUAAAAUUCUCCCCUGUCUUGCAAAAUACAAACCAGAGGAAUUGCAUGAAGCUUUAUUUAAAGCCUUGAGAAACGAUCUUUUCGAUAACUAUGUCUUGAGGUUCGUGAGGGCUAGAAAGUUUAAAUACGAAGACGCAAUUGCUAUGUUGUCCAAGUCAUUGGACUGGAGACGCAAUACCUUAGAAGUUGAUGAGUUCUUUCUCGAAGGUGAUGCCCCAUCGUAUUUGAAUGGUACUAAUAAAGGAUUCAUCAAGAAUUUUACUGUGGGGAAGUGCUACUCAAGAGGUAUGGAUAAACAGAGAAAUCCUAUAGUCUUAUUUAAGGCCAGAUUGAACUAUUCAGCAGACUCUCCUUUAGAAGGAACCAAGAGGUAUGCACUUGUCAUCAUCGAAUGGAGUAGAUUAAAUUUGAAAGAUAUUAGUGAAUCGAAAGAUCAGUGUUCCGUUAUCUUCGAUUUGACAGGAUUCUCUUUGAAAAAUAAUGAUUUGCCAGCAAUUAAAUUUUUAGCAGAGAUUUUUGAAGCCCAUUUGCCAGAAAUUUUGGGUUCUAUUUUGAUUCAUAAUGCUCCCUGGAUUUUCUCGACCAUUUGGAAUCUCAUUAAGAACUGGCUUGACCCAGUCGUUGCAUCGAAGAUUCAUUUCACUAAGAGCAUCAAAGAUUUGAACCAAUUCAUUGAUAGUGAUAACCUUCCUGAGUCGAUAGGUGGUAAUGAUCCAUACGCGGGCGAAUAUCCUGAUCCAAAGCCUGAAGAUGGUCAUCCCCCCAAACCUAAAGACUCUGUUUAUCGUCAAAUAAGCAAACAAAGGGAUGAAAAUCUCGUUAAAUUCUUAGAGACCACCAAGAGGUGGGUAGAAUCCACUAAUCCGGAUGUUAGUGCUAGAUAUUUGCAAGACAAAAUCGACCUUGGUAUCGAAAUUGCUCAGUCAUAUGUUGAUUUGGAUCCAUAUGUGAGAAUACCUGGAAUUUACGAUAGAAAUGGAUCCCUUGACUUAAGCAUUUGA